AUGACCGCGUCCUCGGGCCCCCCCUCCUCCGCGCCGCGCAUCGGCAAGCUGCGCCUCGCCACCUUCAAUCUGGAGAGCCUCGGCGGCGACGACCGCCACGCUCCACCGCUGGAGCGACGCCUUGCCGCGCUGCGGCCGCUGGUGCUGGCCUUGGAGGCCGAUCUGCUCUGCCUGCAAGAGGUCAAUGCCCGCAGCCAGGGCCGUGGACAGGGCCGCAGCCAGGGCCGUGGACAGGGCGCGGGACGGCGGGGCGAGCGCCGCGCCGAGGGGCUGGAGGCGCUGCUCGCCGGCACGCCCUAUGCCACGGCGGCGCGCUGCGUCUCGCUGGGGCGCAAGGGCCGCGGCCUGGCCGACCGUCACAACCUGGCGAUUCUCAGCCGCCUGCCGAUUGCGAGCUGGCGCUCGCUGUACCACGCCUACGUCGCACCGCUCGACCUGCCGCUCGCGACCCGUGCGGGGGAGAGCGUGACGCUGUCCUUCGACCGGCCGCUGCUGCACGCCGUGAUCGACCUGGGCGGCGGUCGCCGGCUGCAUGUGAUCGACCUGCACCUGCGCGCGCCGCUCGCCGCGGCCUUCCCCGGCGGCAAGAGCGGCGGCCACUGGCGGAGCACCGCGGCCUGGGCCGAGGGGCUGCACCACGCCGGCCUGCUGCGCAGCGCCCAGGCGCUGGAGGCGCGCUUGCUGGUCGAGGCGCUGUUCGACGCCGAGCCCGAGGCGCUGAUCGCGGUCUGCGGCGACUUCAAUGCCGAGGGCGAGGCGGCGGCCCUCGACAUCCUGGCCGCGCCGGUCGCCAAGACCGGCGUGAGCGCCCAGGCCGGCCGCGCGCUGGUGCCGCUCGAUCCGGGGCUGCCGGCGGAGCGCCGCUUCUCGCUGCGCCAUGGCGGCCGCGCGUUGAUGGUCGACCACAUCCUGGUCAGCCAGGCGCUGUUCGCCGGCUACCGCCGGAUCGACAGCCUCAACGCCCACCUGAUCGACGACUGCGCGCGCGAGGCGGGCCGCGAGCCCGGCUCCUUCCAUGCGCCGCUGGUGGCCGAGUUCGCCCUGUAG